GAGGACUAGGGACCGACCGUGGGAAGAGGAGGUGCAGACAGAAGAAGGCGGCUCCCAGGACCAGGGGUCCUGCCAAACCUCCCAAGAAUCCUGAGCACCUGGUGGGGUCUGAGAGGAGCUGCCACCUGCAGGAACCCACGGUCCCCGCCUCUCCCGUGACCUGUCCCAAGCUGACAGUGGCUGUCCCUCCCCUGCUGUCCCGGACCUGCCCUUCCUGGCAGGGUGCUCGCCACCAUGAGCUGGGAGGCCAUGAAUUCCACCAGCUCCUACGCCACAGGUGGGGAGGACACCACCUUCACAGACUACUCCUACUCGGAAGACCCUGACGGCACCGUGUGCUCCCUGGAGUCUGUGCGGAACUUCUCAAGGUCCUUCCUGCCGGCGGCCUACGGGCUCAUCUGCGUGUCGGGGCUGCUGGGUAACUUGCUGGUGGUGGCCACCUUGGCCUUCUACAAGAAGGCCAAGUCCAUGACAGACGUGUACCUGCUGCACAUGGCGGUGGCCGACGUGCUCUUCGUGCUCACCCUGCCCUUCUGGGCGGCCGAGCACGCCCUCGGGGAGUGGGCGCUGGGCGACGCGGGCUGCCGCCUGGUGCGGGGCCUGUACGCGCUCAACUUCCACUGCGGCAUGCUGCUGCUGGCCUGCGUCGGCCUGGACCGCUACGUGGCCGUGGUGCAGGCCACGCGCUCCUUCCGCCUGCGGGCCCGGGCCCUGGCGCACCGACGGCCCAUCCUGGCGGCCGUGUGGACGCUGGCGCUGCUGCUGUCGGCCGGGGCCUUCGCCUUCCACCGCAGCUACCCGCUGGGCGGCCGGCAGGUGUGCGAGCUGAGCCUGCCGGCCGGCUGGGAACCCCUGCGCUGGAAGCUGCUGCUGCUGGGCCUGCAGCUGCUGGGCGGCUUCUUCCUGCCGCUGGGCGUCAUGGGCGCCUGCUACCUGUGCGUGGUGCUCAGCCUGCUGCGCUCCCGCAACGCCAAGCGCCGCCGCGCCGUGCGGGUGGUGGCGGCCGUGGUGCUGGUCUUCCUGGGCUGCCAGGUGCCCUACGCCGCCGCGCUGCUGGCCACGGCCGCCCGCCUGGGCGCGGAGGGCCGCUCGUGCCCCGGGGAGCAGCGGCUGGCGCUGGCCCUGACGCUCACGCAGGCGCUGGCCUUCCUGCACUGCUGCCUCAACCCGCUGCUCUACGCCUUCGUGGGCCAGCGCUUCCGUGGACACUUCCUGCGGGCGGCCAAGGACCUGUGGUGCCUGCGGGGGGCCUCGGGGACGGGGGCGGGGGCCGGGCCCCCCUGCGCCUGGCUGCACUCGGACACCGCAGCGUCCAGGCAGAACAGCGAGGCAGCUGAUGAUGCCUCCUCCUUCACCAUGUGA